UAUAUUCAUAGGUUGAAAUAUCUAUAUCGUAAUGUAAGAUGGCUAAUUUUUGAGUUUCGUUUACGUCCUAAUUUUGUACAUUUCAAUACGUUAGUGAGCAAAUGUUGUGUAAACUCGGUGAUUUUAUAAACCGACAUUCCCGGUGGUGCUUCAUGAAAGUCACUAGAGAAUGUAUAAAGGCGCUAUAUCAUUAUCUAUCAUUAAUCGAAAUUGAUUGCAUACAUUUCAUCAAAGGUUUCAGUGCUUUUUUUCAAACUACUCUCGAUAGAGGAAGAUUAACAUUUUAAUCAUAUUUCGACACAAUGGUCGAAAAUGCUAAAUGUUGUGUCCUACAAUGGACUGAUCAUCCAAAAUAUAUUACAAAAAAAUUUAGUGGACUAUUGGCACGUCAAGUACUUGUUGAUGUAACACUCGUAUGUGAAGACCAGAAGCUACGUGUUCAUAAACUGAUUUUAGCAUCAAAUAGUAUAUAUUUCGAGGAGAUUCUACAACAAGAUUUGGGUCAAGAACCAGUUAUAUUUUUGAAAGACUUAAACUUUGAAAUUUUGAAGGCCAUGGUUGAAUUCAUGUAUUGUGGAGAAACAAGAAUUUCUUAUCAAUUAUUAUCACCUUUAUUAACUGCCACGAAAAAAUUUAAGGUUAAAGAAUUGACAACUGUGGUUGAUGCCAUGAUGAAUUCUAAUGUAGGAAGUUUUGAAAUCAAUGAUGUGGACAAAGAAGUUACUGAAACAAAGAUUAUAAGCAAUACAUGUAAUAAUACAGAUUAUAUACAUGUAAAGUGUAAUGAACUUGUUAAGAACGAGUGCUUUGUACUUUGUAAUAAGAGUAAUAGUGAUGUGAAUACAAGUGAAAAUCAAUCUUCAGAAGGUAAUACAAUUAGUGAUUCUCCUGAACAAGAAUUAGAACAUAUAUUGUAUGAAGAGUCACAAGAUUUUGAAACUAAUGCAGAACAAACUAAUACAUUAUUUUCAGUAGGUAAUUCUACAAAAUUAAUGGGAAAUGAAAAUUUAAUUCUAUUAACAAAUGAUAAAAUGAAAGAAAUGUCAAAUGAGGAAAUAGAAUGUCCUGGAAAUAGAAUAAUAAAUAGUGAUACUUUGUGUACAAAUAACGAAUUAAAACCUAUAUUAUAUGAACAAUGCUGUGAUCUUUCAGAUAUUGAUGAAUGUGAAGAAAGUUCUAUGUCAUUAUCACAAUCUUGCCUUCAACAAAUUGAAAAAGACUUUGCACAAUAUAAAUUUGAAGGUGCUGAUGUUCCUAAUAAAGUAGGAAAAUGUAUUAAAGUUUACACUCAUAAAAGACGAAAAUCUAUAGAUGAAAUAAAAAAUAAAUUAACAGAUAUGAAUAACAUAAUUCAGAAUCCACCAUCUACUGAUUGUAUAGACUUAUUGGAUGAGCCGUCCACUACUGAUAUACCAGUUACACUUUUAACAUCACUAGAUAUGGAGAGUGCUGAAUAUAUUAUAAGUUUAAAUACUAAAAAUAUUCAAUCUAUAGUAGGAGCUACUUUAACAGAACAGCAUACAUUAAAUAAAUGUAAAGAACUAGAAGAAAUUAUUGAAUGUAAUGCACAACAAGAUAGUAUAAAUAAAACAGAAUUUAAUACUCAAGAUACUGAAAUUUCUAAUUGUUCAAAACCAAUAUUACGAAGAAGUUUACGAUUAAAUCAACAAGAAAUAGAAGAAACUAUAAAUAAUAAUGAAACUAUUAAAACUUCUACUGAAAGAAAAGAACAUUUUAAAAAAUCAAAUUUUUCAAAUAAAACGGAAUUAUGUAUUAAAAGAAAACGUAAAAUAAAGGACAUAGAUCGUAAAGUUCCAGAACAAGUUAUUAACAAUGUAAUACAACCUAUUAAGAAAACAUUUAAUAAUUCUCGUAGAAAUACAAAAUUAAUUGUUAAAAAAAAUAAAUGUAUAAUAUCUAAUAAAGAAAAAGAUGAGCAAACAGUUAAAAUAACAAAUAAAUUAAAAUGUGGCAUAUCAGAAACAACAAAUAUUGAUUCCAUUUUUACAUUACCUAAAUUAAAUACAAUAGAACAUAUAAAUCGUGCAUUAUGGGGCGAUAUGACAGAUUUUGCGGAAGAUUAUAAAAAUAGAAUAAAUUUGCUGGAAAAUUCAUCAAAUACAGAAAUUCCAUUUGCAGUUGGUUUAUUACCCUUACGUACUGCUUUAGAAAAAAUGCAAGCAACACCAGAUUAUCAACCUCGCAAAACUCGUUCAUCUGUAGCACCAAUAAGACAAGAAAUUAAUAAUCUUAAGAGAAAAAAUUGUACUCAUUUAGUUAAAGUUACAGAUUCAAAAAAACAAAAUAUGUGUAUUAAUGAUCCAAAAGAAAAUGCAAAAGCAGUUUGUCAUAUUCAAAUUAGAACAGCGCCAUCACAGUACGUACGAACUCGUAAAAAAUAUCUUUCGACAAAUAUAAAUUCAUUGGAAUCGCCAAUUAUAAUUAAUAAAAAUUAACAAGUAUUAAAAAAUUACAUAAUGAUAAUAAUUCAAUAUAAUAUUCUUGAAUGUGAAUGUCAAAGUAUAAAAGAGAACGCAUAAUUUUAUGCAUGUUAUUUUAUAUUUUAAAAAACAUAUUUUUAAUAUGGAACUUCUUGUAUAUAAAACACAGAUAUAAAAAAUAGAUAUGCGAUAAACUAUUUAGGUACAUGUAGUUCCUUGAUUUCUAUAAGAAUUCAAGAUAUAUUUUUUUUAUUUUAUUUGAGCGUGUAUACACGCGUGUGCUUACUUGGCCAUAUUUUUUAAUUUAUAUUAAAUAUUUCUAUACGUGUAUUAAAUACUAUUAAGAAAAUAAAUAUAACUAUUUUUUUCAUUGAAUGAAGAAAUAUUAACUCAGAAAUAAAUAUUUUUUGUAACUUUCAAAAAUAAUUUGAAUCGUGUAUAUUCAUAAUUCCUUUACUAUUAUAGCUUCUUAAAAUUCUGUGAUAUUUGUUAUUAUUAUUCUUAUUGAAAACUCUACUUAAUUAUACAAUUGUUCAAUCCAUUCAAAUGUUUAAAGAUUUAUCAUCAAAAAUAAAAAACUCUGAAGAAAUUCGAAAUAAAAUUUUAUUUUGCACAUAAACAACAUAUUAUAAAUUAAUUAUAAUAAAUUAAUAUAAAAUAGUUACAAAAUAUUUUUUUUUUUAUUUUACUCUUAAAGUUAAAAUUUCUUAAUAUUUAAUUAAAUUAAUAUUUGAAAUAAGGCUAUUAAUUAAUCUGUAUUCUAUUUAAUUAAUAAUAUAAAAUAAUAUAAUUUUAUUAUAAAUAUUUGAAAUAAAAACGCAUUAUUUGAUACACGUAUAGUUUUAUAUAUAUAUGUAUAAAUAAUAUGUAUAUAUACAUAAUGAUUUAUUUCUAGAAAUAUUGUACAUAAAUAUUUUGAACAUUUUAGUUUAUUGUAUUUAAGUAAAACUUUAACAAAUUUUUUUUUGUGUGUGUGAAAAAUGCAUACAUAUCAUUUACAGUAAUGUGAAUAUCUUAAUACUAUAAAUUAUGAUUUGUUAUAUGCCUUUAAGAGAGAAUGAAAUCUUACAUAUUUUAUAUAAUGAUUUAUUUAUAAUUUUAUUCAUAAAUAUAUUUUUUUUAACUCUCUAUAACUAGAAUUUUAUUUUCUUAUAAAGAAAAAAUUAUUAUUAUAAAUAAAUUAUUAUAUUCUCUGUAGUGCUUUUGCUUUUAUUGAAAAUUUAAAAAUUAAUUUUGCUAUUAUUUAUAUUUAUAUAUAUAUAUUAUUACUUAUAAUAUGUACUUUUAAAAUGUAAGCUCUGAAUUUAUUGCAUAAUAUAACAAUGUAAAAUGAAUUAUUUACUGCCAUAAUUCAUAAAAAUAUGAAUGCAAUAAGAUACAAAUAAGAUUUAAAAAUAUACAUAUGUGAAUAUGUAUAAUUUUCAAGUGACAUGUCGUUAUAGAGGGUUAAUAUCUUUAUUUCAUGAUAAUUAAUAUUUCAUAAUAGUUAUUUCAUUUAAUAAGUAAGUUAAUUCAUAAUAAUCCAGUGUAAUAAUUUCUGUUAUAAAAGCGAUUACUAUGAAACUUCAAAACUAUAAAUUGUAUAAUAGUUUAUCAUGUAUUUUCUUAUAUUGUUUAUAUUUUUUAAAUAGAUAUUAAAUUGAAACAAAAUUAUUUGUAUUUAUAUAUAUAUAUAUAUACAUUAUAUAUUAUAUAUUAUAUAAUACAUAUAUAUAUAUAUAUUGUAGUAUUUUGAAAUGUAACUAAUUAAUGCACAAUGUAACAAAAUGGAUUGUUUACUGCAAUAAUAUAUAAGUAUUUUUUACAUGAAUUUAUGUAUACAUAUACAUUGACAAAGAAAUAUAUUUUUUUUUUUCUAAUAAAAUUUUUGUUGUAUAAUUAUACUAUCUUUAGAAUAUUUAUACUUUCAUUAUAUUUAUUAUAAAAUUCAUUUGUAUUUCUAUAAAUAGGAUAAAAUAUAAAUAGUUGAAAUUAUAAUUAAAUUAUUAUAUCGAAUUGCGUAGUUAUAUUUUUAUGCUUCAUAUUUUCAUUCGAUAUUUUAUUACUUUAUAGACUGAAUACAUUAUAUAUUACCUGAAUGAUCAUAAUAAGAAACUAUAAUCUGUACAGAAAUAUAUAAUAUACUCAAUAUGUUCUUGACACUGCGUAGAGGACGAAAACAGUCUAUAAAGAGAGAGUGCCAUGUUUAUUUAUAACUAGUAAUUUGAUUGGCCGUGUAAUACACUAUGAUACAUACAUACACAAUCAAUAUGAGAAAAGUGUAGUUUUCAUAAAUUUAGUUCUCUAAUUUCUAAUGGAAUUGACAGAAGCCAGCGAAAUAAAGAGCAAUAAACUGUUUUUUAUUAUUGUAAAAUUAAAUAUCUCAAAAUAACAUUGAUGCUCAUGUAUUAAUAUAUUUGAUUAAAGAGAGAUUAAAAAUUAUAAAAA